AUGCCCGCCGCAUACUCAUGCAUCGUUGCCCCUCAGAUAACUGAGCGGGCUAGCAAAAGCAUCACCCUACAGCCAAUCACCUUGGCACUCGAACUGGCGCUGGACGUUUCUCCCUCUCAACACACACUGCCUCUCCGCAUCACUAUCAGUCUCUUAGACGAAGGUAGGACCGAUAAACCUCUGGAGAGCAGAGGGAACGGGUCUAGCAGCGAGGGUGACACUUCAGUCAUUGACACAGAGCCGUUUGUUCAACUCUCCGACGAUCACGCUGACUGCGAUGUUACCAUUCCGUUCCUGCCACUUCCUGUUGACUUCGACCCUGCCGACUCCUCCCACUGGGCGGCUCUUGCGGACGACAUUCAGGCAUGGCUUCUAAGCACAGUACCUCCCACGUCGUCUCAAUGGACUUGGGGCCGCGAUGCGUUUUGGCUGGCGUUCACAGCCGCCUAUCCUGCCUUUCCCCGAGUCAUGCUUGACUGGCUCGAGUACACGUUCGAGACAGCAGGGACGAAGCUCAGUACUCAGGGGCAAUGCCCUGCCACGACCAUCCUUAAACUAAGGUUGGACCAAGACACGGGCAAGCUUGCCGUGAUAUCACUCCUUACUAUUGGCCUGACAACAGUAUUCAUGUAUUAUUUUGUGCUCGGGGACCAAGAGGACGGUGGAAGCUCCCGGCUUGAACGCGUUAGGAAUAAUUGUUCACACGGCGUCCUUUCCCAUCGUCUAGAGGUGGCUAGUCAAGCUGCUAUGAUGCCACCAGAAACUAUUAUCGCCCUCUAG